AUGUUCGUAAUGGGUGUCAAUAAUGACAAAUAUGAUAAGGCCAACAAUCACAUCAUCUCUAAUGCUUCUUGCACCACCAAUUGUCUGGCUCCUUUGGCUAAGGUCAUCCAUGACAAGUUUGGAAUCAUUGAGGGCCUGAUGACCACUGUACAUGCAACAACGGCCACUCAAAAGACCGUCGAUGGGCCGUCCGGAAAGCUGUGGCGAGAUGGUCGUGGUGCUGCCCAAAACAUCAUCCCGGCAAGCACUGGUGCAGCGAAGGCUGUAGGAAAAGUCAUUCCGGAUUUGAACGGGAAAGCUUACUGGUAUGGCUUUCCGUGUACCAACUCCGGAUGUAUCAGUUGUUGA